CGUUUGUAUUUUUUCGGGGAUUGUUGCUCUCUGCAGUUUUUAUCACUGCAAUAGAUUCAUCCACUGUUUGUCGAUCAGCAUACUUCUCAACGUUGGUAGAUAAGCAGCUUAAAGGCUUCGUUGUAAAACGAUUUAGGUCUUCCGGCCAAAUUUGGUGUAGUCGAUCUUGUUUGAAAAACACCUGGUGUACUUCAACAAACUUCAAGCUUGCUCCUCAAACUUCUGAUGGCGAAGGAACUUGUGAACUAAACAAGCACGAUACCUCUGUUAUUAAACAAAACACAUAUUUGCAGUUUGAGAAAGGUGUCGCUUUCUCUAUGCUUCGGCUAAAGGGCUGUCCAACAACCAACAGUUGCAAAAAUGGAGGUGUGUGUGUGUAUGACGAGAAAAAACAGUCUUAUUCAUGCCAGUGCAAGCCCAUUUGGACCGCAGAAACUUGUACUGAUCUGGUUACUUGUGACAGCCAUCCCUGCAAAAACAGGGGAACUUGUAGAGACGGAGUCAACGGAUAUAACUGUAGCUGCGCACCAGGAUUUCACGGGACACAGUGUGAAAAGAUUGAAGGUCUGCCUUGUUCAACAGCUUACCGCAUAUUUUUUGAAAAGCGCUCUACCAAACGUCACACAAAGAAAGAAAACGCCAUUUCUUCAAUUCUAUCGGAAUUUACUGUCUGCUUUUUUGUUAAAAUGAAUGACACAAAUACAAAUGGAGAACAGUGCCUCUACAGUUACGCAGAAGCUUCAAGUAUUUCUGGAAAUGGUAUUUCUGUUUGGUUGAACUAUCCAAAGUCCAGAAUUGGGAUCAGUGUAAAUAAGGCGAGUGGUACAGACACCGGAGUUGGAAUAAGUGACACUAUGUGGCAUCACAUCUGUGUUACCUGGAAAAGCUCAAAAGGAGCCUGGCAGCUUUAUAUGGAUGGACAGCUCCGAAGCAAUAAAACAGGCUUGAACAAAAAUCAUAAGGUUCCAGCCGGCGGAACAGUUGUUAUUGGACAAGAUCAAGAUUCAGCUGGAGGGGGCUUCGAACUCAGCGAAAGCUUUGGACCGGGUGAGGUGACAGAAGUUAACCUUUGGAACAGGGUCUUGUCAGCGAGUGAUAUUGCAGAACAGUAUGCAAACUGCCACAUUACCAAAGUCGGCCUGAUGCACUGGUGGGAACAAUUCAAAGAUGGCGUUUCGGAUGUGACAGUAAUCGAGCCUUGAACCGAGCGUUGAACAGAACUGUAAUCAUUGACCAAUAACUUUUUUUUGCACGAAGUAAAGCCUUUGUGUCACUGUGAGAGGUCAUGUUCUUUUUGAGACAACGUCAUCAAUGUCUUGACACUUCUUUAUUACUAUCAAGAUUAUUUUUUAUUUAAUCAUAAAGCAAACACUUAAAUCUAUAAAGUAACUGCAGUAAAACUCAU